CACGAAACUGCGCGCAUCCACGCGCUCAUCUCUCAUAACGCCAGAGCGCGUGAGCUGACGAAGAACCGUCGACUUUGGGAAAUACAGAAGAGCACGGAACUUUACAGCUGGUUGUUCAAUCUCGGAGAUUUCAGUCUUAGAAAAGUAUGUUUUUAUGAGACAAGACAAGUGUUGUAAACGAGGGUUUUAAUCAAACUCGACGAAUGCGAAGUGAAAUUUAAAAUAAACGCGUGGUCGCGCACAGAUUUACGAAGAAAACAGUGGUGCGCUCGCGAUGGAUUGAAAGAGUCAACACAUGAAACCUCAAAAUGGGUUGAAGAAAACAAAAACGACAUCACAGAGAGUUGUAAGUAGGGCUGUUUAACAAUGUGCCCAUAUGUGUAUUUGAUUUUGAAACAGAUAUUUUACUGACAGUCCAUGGAAGAAGAAGAAAAGUUUGAUAGACUUUUAAAUGUUUUCGUGACAAAUUGUUCUCUUAUGCUACUAUGAACACUGUUUACUCUCUUCAGUUGCUGAGAACAACAUUUGCGGUCAUGUUAAGCAAUUUGGUGACGGAUUUUCACUCUUUCUCCGUGUCACCAGUUCAGUUUUUCUUCAUCAGUGAAGAGAAGCCUGUUCUUUUGACUUGAGUUUCACAGUAUGCUGUCUGCCUCGAGCUACACAUAUCCUGAAUCUAGUGGAUUUCAGGGAUUAGAUUUGUAUCUUUUUGCUGCUGUUCAUUUCCACUGUGCUACCUCAGCAUGUGGGAGUUGUGUGUAGCACAGCAAAUCUCAAGAUAUUGACUGGAUUUUAAUUACUGGGUUUGUUGAAACAGCAGAAAGGAUGUUUCUACAAAUGACAUUUCUUUUGACUGAAAUAUAAUCAUUCAUCACUUCUUUUCAUGUCUUUACAUGGAUGGAUAUUUUUUCUUCCUGGAAAAGCUGUAAGACGAUCCUCAGAACUGGCCAUGUCAGAUUUUUGACAUGUUUGACCUAAACUUACUUCAUUAAUUUGAAGUAUGAGCUGCUGAGAAUGUGCAUAGUGCUGACCUUUAAACUCAUUUACUGAGAGCUGUGGGUGCUGUCCAUACAUUAUUACCCCAUUCAUCUCUUCAGAAUUCAGGCCUUCACAUGUCUAAAUGACAUUAAGGUGCAGUUGAUCAACUAAAUAUAACAUUUGGCACUCUAAAUAGUAUUUUCUGGUAUUAUUCAGUGGCUGAGUCUCAAGUUAUAACAUAUAGGAUUAAAGAUAAACAGUUCUAUUAGGAUUCAACCUUCACCCUACAGUUGUUUUACCCCCCCACUGUACCUUUCAGGAGGUGGGGGGGAAGAGUAAAGCCCAAACUAUGGAGUCCAACCCAGACAGCCCGAGUCGGGCUGUGGAGUACCUACUAGAGCUCAAUAACAUCAUUGAGAACCAGGCCAAACUUUUAGAGUCGCAACGCAAAUGUAUCGAGGAGCUCCAAACACAGCUAGACCGUGUCAACCAGGAGAAUCAGGACCUACGACAGGACAGGAGCCCAGGAACCGAUAACUCAAUGCAGAAUCAUAACUACAACCAGAGCUCUAAUCCCGGCCAGCCAUCAUCGCUUCCAAACCACAAUGUUGGAGGAGUCCACCAGAACAGCAACAGUACCAUACCUUCAUCCACGAUGCCUGGUCCAGCUAGACGGUCCCACGCGAGGUUGACCAGAGGCCUGUCUUGUGGGUCAGCUCCUGUUGAGAAAGAGAGGGGACGACUGGAGCGAAAUGACAGCUCUGGGACCAACAACACGUCAACUCUACGGAAACAUGAGGAGGAGACCCAGGGUUCAGAUUUGCAUCCCUUCUCAGACAGUACCUGCAGUAAAUCUCCUUACAUACACAGCUCUGACCAUUACAGGGACAACAGCUGUGGCCCCCCAGGCCCCCGGGUUCCUUUUGUGGCCCCUUCAAGCCCAGCCAGCCUUGCCUGGGCCCAGCGUACACGUAACCAACCAGCUAGCCUGGCCCUACGUAAACAAGAGGAAGAGGAGAACAAGAGGUGCAAAGCUUUAUCGGACAGCUAUGAGCUCUCUACAGACCUACAAGACAAGAAGGUGGAGAUGCUGGAGAAGAAAUAUGGUGGUUACUUCGUGAGUAGACGAGCAGCACGCACCAUCCAGACAGCAUUCCGUCAAUAUCGAAUGAACAAGAACUUUGAGCGCCUGCGCAGCUCUGCCUCCGAGAGCCGCAUGACACGCCGCAUCAUCCUGUCCAACAUGCGACUGCAAUACUCGUUUGAUGACCGGCAGCCUCAACCACCCACCCCAACUCACUACAGCCACAGUCCAGGAAUGGGUCCUCCACAUUCUCCAACCUGCACCACAGAGCCAAGCUCCCCACGGCCAGAUUACACCCACCUAGAGGACUCCUUCUCUAAACAAGUGAAGUCCUUGGCUGACUCCAUUGAUGAUGCCCUGACUUGCCGACCACGGCGAGAUGAUUCCCAGGAUGGCAUAGGGGAUGGAAGUGCCGUUGUGGAUGACUUUGGCGAGUGCAUCUGGAGCAGCAACAGCCAUGCGUCCCUUCGCAGAGGCCUUGGAGACAGGGAUCGAGGAGGUACCGGAGGUUUGAGCAUGCAUGAGGAUAGUACAGCUACCUCCUACAGCGACGUCACACUCUAUAUGGAUGACGGAUUACCUUCCUCACCGCUUUCCCUAGACAGGGCACCUAGCAGCACGGACACUGAGUUCUGGGGGGGUGUUGGAUGUGGGGUAGGUGGUAGGGAAGACAGUCGUGACACGGAAGGGGGAGGGAGUAGCAACAGUCGUCGAAGCACACCGUGCACAGAAUGCCGUGAUUACCGUUUACGGGGGGGACACUUACCGCUUCUCACGAUUGAACCACCUAGCGACAGCUCGGUGGACAUGAGUGAUCGCUCAGACCGAGGUUCCCUUACUAGACAACUGGUUUAUGAGCAAGACUCAGGGGGAGGGUCGCCUCAAGGGACACUGAAACACAACCCCAAUGCUCGUUCAAUAUCCUCGACAGCUGCACAAGGUCAAACACGUCCAGUUAGUAGAUCUCUACCCUCCCAUAUCCCACACCAUAUGGCUCACCAUCACCACCAUCAUCACCACCACCACCACCAGUACCCUGACACCCCGUCGUCCUCGUCCUCUCCUCAACAGCCGCCGACUACGCCGCUUUCAUCCUCAUCCUCAGCACCGCUGCCCCCUGGUGGACAGGAGCAGCAGUGCUGCUCGGAUGGUGAUAAUGACUCACUAAACUCCACCACAAACUCUAAUGAGACAAUUAAUUGCAGCUCAGGCUCCUCAUCAAGGGACAGCCUAAGGGAGCCUCUGCCCCCUCUAGGAAAACAGACCUACCAGAGAGAAAGCCGGCACAGCUGGGACUCUCCUGCCUUCAACAACGAUGUGGUACAGAGAAGACAGUAUCGCAUUGGACUGAAUCUCUUCAACAAGAAGCCAGAAAAGGGCAUCCAGUACCUGAUUGAGAAGGGCUUUGUGUCAGACACACCAGUCGGCAUUGCUCGCUUUAUCCUGGAGAGAAAAGGCCUGAGUCGACAGAUGAUUGGAGAGUUUCUUGGCAACAGACAGAAACAGUUCAACAAAGAUGUUUUGGACUGUGUUGUGGAUGAAAUGGACUUUUCUGGAAUGGAUCUCGAUGACGCUCUGAGGAAGUUUCAGGCUCAGAUAAAAGUGCAAGGAGAGGCCCAGAAAGUGGAAAGACUUAUUGAGGCCUUCAGUCAAAGGUACUGUGUUUGUAAUCCAGCACUGGUGAGACAGUUCCAGAACCCAGACACAAUCUUCAUCUUGGCUUUUGCGAUCAUACUCCUCAACACAGACAUGUACAGCCCCAACAUCAAAGCAGAGAGGAAGAUGAAGCUGGACGAUUUCAUCAAGAACCUACGAGGAGUGGAUAAUGGUCAGGACAUCCCACGUGACCUACUGGUUGGAAUCUACCAGCGCAUUCAGAAGUGGGAACUGAGGACGAAUGAUGACCAUGUUUCUCAAGUCCAAGCAGUGGAGAGAGUCAUAGUGGGCAAGAAACCUGUUUUGUCUCUGCCUCACCGCAGGCUGGUGUGCUGCUGUCAGCUCUAUGAAGUCCCAGACCCCAACCGUCCUCAGAGGUCUGGAGUCCACCAGAGAGAGGUCUUCCUCUUCAACGAUCUGAUUGUGGUUACCAAGAUCUUCCAGAAGAAGAAGACCUCUGUCACAUACAGUUUCAGGCAGUCCUUCCCUCUGGUGGAGAUGCAGGUUCACAUGUUCCAGAACUCUUACUACCCUCACGGUGUCAGACUAACAUCAGCGAUCCCAGGCGGCGAGCGUAAAGUUUUGAUUGUGUUCGCAGCUCCCAGUCAACAGGACCGUACACGGAUUGUCAGUGAUCUGAGGGAGAGCAUUGCAGAGGUGCAGGAAAUGGAAAAAUACAGAGUGGAGUCUGAGCUGGAAAAGCAAAAGGGUGUGAUGCGGCCCAGCCUGCUCACCAACAGCAUCAUGGGUGGAGGAGUGGGUGGGGUCAAGAAUGAAGUGGUCAAUGGCACUAUGGGUAGAACAAGUCUGGAUGACAACUAUUCCCCAGGAGAGGGCCUCAAACGCACUGCUCUCAGCUCCUCACUGAGGGACCUGUCUGAUUCAGGGAAACGUGGUCGCAGAAACAGCGUUGGUUCCCUUGACAGUACAAUGGAAGUAAGUCUGAGUGAAGCAGAGCAGUCCGCAGCCUCACCAGCGUUACCCAGUAGCCACUGUGCUCCCGGGAUGCUAUGGAACAGAAGACUACCGGCCUCACCGCCCCAUCCUGAGCCCCGGAGUGGGGGUGGGGGGUGGGCCGGGGCAGCAACACACACCUGCUGUGACUGGCGUUGGGCCAGUCUCCAGCAGCACCGAGAGAGGAAUGAGUGGAAUGGGAACUGGGACCAACAACAACACAGGCUCCUUCCUGGGCUCCCUGUUUGGGGGCAAAAGAGCCAAGGCCCCAGGGCCUAUCAUCCCCCCGGGGCCACCAUACCCCGCCCCUGUGGCCCCACCGACCACUGGAGGACCGCCGCCUCUUUCCCCUUCCUCCUUAUGUCCGGGGGAGGGAGGGGGACCUUCCAAGAUCCAAGCCCUGCACGCCCAGUACUGCCAUACUACCAGCAACAGUGUCAGUGGGCAGCCUCCACCCCCAUACUACCACCAUCAUCGCUACCACACGCAGACCAUACCGGCAUCUGGCCAGGUGCACCAUACGCUUCAGCGGGUUACCUUGCCUCGUCGGCCACCCCCCAACCCCUCCGUGCAAUCCCCGUACCCGCCGAUCUCCCAGCAUACUUUGCAGGGUCGCUACGGGAAUAUGGGCAACAUGGGCUCCGGCCCCCCUCCCCCCCUUUCUCCUCACUCCCCACUCUCCCCUCACCCACAGUUUGCGCUGUUCCACACACAGCCCACACACUCGGCCAGAGGGGGCGCCAUCAACAAGCCGCCUCUCAUGCUGUCACACUCGCACCCACACACACACUCCCACCCCGUGCACAUACACACGCCGCACCCAGGGUCCCACCCCGUGCACCAACCUCACUUCGUCUUCGCCAGCCCUCCUCCUCCGCCUUUCCCUGCUCCCAAUCAGCCGCCUCCAGUCUCCGCGUCCGCCACUGCCCACCACGUGCCGCCGGCCGCCCAGUAUCUGCCCCAGUAUCCACCGCUGUCCUCCAUCCCCCCUCCCCCCCUCCACUCCCCUUUACCCCCCCCUUCCUCCCCCCUUACCCCUCUUACGCCUCUCUCCCCUCUCCCCCCCCAGCACCAAGGCCCUCCUACCCAACCCGGGUGUCAGCAAGGACCCUCGCCGGCUCAGACUGGAGCCGGACCUGGGGGGACGGGCACGGUCGAACGCGCCAAAUCCAAAUCUACCAACCGGAUCAGCACGGUAGUGUGAGCCAGGGGAAGUCGCGAAGCUGGGGGUCGCUGAGGGGUCCUAUCGUGGUUGGAGGAGGGACUGCUGCGAGGGUGGAGGAGGCGGGCAGCAGCAGGGCUAAAGGCGAUAACAACAUUAGCGGCAAAAAGAAACGCAGCCUGCUAAGACUCUGUUACUUUCACUUGCGGUUCCCUCAAGUGUAAGAAAGUGCACUGAAGGGACUCAAUGAGAAGAAACUGUGCAAACACACAUAUGAGCAUGUAGUAUAACAUGUGAUAACAAAAAAGAAUACAGAUCGGUUGAUACACAUGAAGGCUCUCAGGUAGAUAUAGUGCUGAGCUGUUGUAGAUGUCAUUGUCAUUUGAUAACGUAACCAAACAAUAACUUUCUUACAUGCUUCUCCUUAAACAAAUCACACAUUCAGACAAAACCUACAAUACUUUUUUUUUUUAUUAUUAUAAACGUGUAUACUCAAACAAAAAUAAAAUCUCCACAGCCUUGAUUCAAUAGCUUGUAGCCAUAUUGUUAAUAGCACAUUGAUUAUUGCAGGUAUUCACAGGCUUUAAUUAACUACUUUGAAUACCUUUCUUGAAAUGAGAACCUGUCCAGAAAAUGUAAAGACCAGGGAGCAUACGAAUGACUCUAUUCUCCAUUUAUUCUACAGGGCAUAAACAACUAAGCACAGUACCGUACAUGUUUAAUGAUUUAUUACACUCCAGUAUAACUGUCCAAUAAAAAUUUUAAGCGUUAGUCAAUAGCAGUCCAAAGAUGCAAUAAUCUUUUCACUAAAUUGUUGUCCAGCUUUUUCUAGCUAAUUAAUAUUAAAUGCUCAAUUGCUCUGCAUUUUUUUUUUUUUUUCACAUCUAUAACAUUGACAUGAAUGCAUUCAUAGGGAUAAACUUACAAAGCAAAUAUUUAACACCCAGUCUGAAUGGUCACAUUUCUGAAGUAUGUUAAUAUUGGUCUUUUCCACUUCAACACCAGACAUCUGUAAAAAAAAAAAAAAAAAAAAUGAAGAAGAAAGGCUUGUAUGUGAUUGUGCCAUGUUUGUAAUCAAACUACUUCACUUAAAAUUAUUGUCCAUCUGAAUCAGAAUUAUUCACCUGUGUAUGCCAUGUCCAUAAAUCCAUUAUUUCUCAAACUUGAAACACUGCUUUUAGUUAAAUACUUUCACAAAAGUAUACAUUCAUGCAGAAAUGGAAAAACAAUAAGCUAACUUCAUAAUUUAUCUUUUAAAAAAAAAUCUUUAUAAAGAGCUUGUUUUAGAAAUGUUUAUUUUUCUUUAAUGUUUUUUUUGUUUAACGUUUAUUAGAGUCGUUUUAGUGUACAUUACAUUUUACAAGCAGUUUGUCUUGACACAGAAUUUGUUUAUGAAGAAACUAGAAGGGCUUGAAUAAAUUUAAAUGAUCUUGAAUCAAUGGAAAUAAAAAACAUCCAUCCGGCUACUAAAUGGAGCCAAUUGGCGACCUUAAUAGUAAUCAAUGUCUAAAUUGUUAGUCCUUUUUGCAAUAUAUAUAUAUAUAUAUAUAUAUAUAUAUAUAUAUAUAUAUAUAUAUAUAUUGUUUCCUCUAAAUUUGUCAACAUUAUUUGAAAUGUCUGUAUUAAUUUAUGCAGUGUAGAUCAAUUCCACUGGGUCUUUGCAUUAAUACUGCCAAUCAUAUACUUUACAAGGUGUUUUUUUGAUUGUAUUUUAUGAUGUUAUAUGAAUGUUUGCUACUAACAUUUUAAUGAAUAUAACUUAUUCUGUUAUGUUAUGAAAUUACAGAUGUUAUAAAUUUGACAAAAUAUGAUAGAUUGUAAAUAGAAAAUGCUUUCUCAUGCUCUGACAUUCAACGGUGGAGUGUCAAGGACGUGUUUUAUUGUUAUAAAUGAUUUUUAUGGACAAAAGCAGUUGUCUUUACAAGUGUCCUUGAGACAUUGUAUGGGUAUUAUUUAAGUUGUACCAGUCAUGACGCUUUUGAUUCUGUUUUUUUUGUGUGCAGCAGAUUUUUAGUUUGGGCUGAAAGAUGGCCUAUUUUGAUGUGUUGAACAUAAUGCCAUUCUUUAGUUUGCCAGAACCUUCCUCUUCUUUCUCAGUGUUGAUAAUAAAGGAGAGGAGGAGGAUGGAGGAAUUAUACAUGUAUAUAAUUAAUUAAUUAGUACAAGGAUUUCAGUUUACCUGAAUGAGAAAUCAAGGUUCUAGCCUUAAGCAAGGCCUUAGUGUAAGUAGUGCUUGAAGUUUUUGUUUGUGUGGAUGCACACCGUGAUCUCAAGUGCUGAUAUAUAUUUUUGGGACUGGGCUUAAUGCAGAUGCUCAGUAUUAUACAUUAUGUCUUGUUGUGAUGCUCAAAUGUGGAGUGUAAGAUAUGUAUACCCUUUUCCUAACCUAUUAUAACAUCAUGCACAAACUCUAUCUAUUAGUUCAUAACCUUGCCAAAAAAAACAAAAGGGUCCAUUUGAAGAUUCUACAUAUAUAGUAAUUAUGUAUAUGCUUGCAUUAAACACAGCACUUCACAGUACAGAAUAAUAGCAGGGGAUGGUAAGUGGAAAUGGGGUUCAGAUAUUGUUACAUAUCCAUACCCAAAUAUCAAUAUAAGUUUAAAAUAAAUAAAAAAAUGAUUAGAAAUUAAUAUAAUUACUAUAUAUAUAGUAAUAGUAAUAUAUAAUUACUAAUUGCAUUCACCUAUUUUCUAAAUUAUUCGAGAAUUAUUUUUCUUUAACUGUUUGUCCUCCUUAUGUGAAUUAUAUUGCAUGGGUAUGUCUGUAGGCUUCUUUAUGAGCUCUGUAUAAACAAACUGUACAUAGACUGCCACUGUAUGAUUUGAUAUUGACAACAGAAUGGGAAAAAACAUAAAAAAGGUGUGUGUGUGUGUGUGUGUGUGUGUGUGUGUGUUUGGGGAGGUGGCAUUAAGUGUAGAUGAUUAUUUAUUUUGAUGGAAGAACAAGAAAAUUGAUAUUAUCUGUAAACUAGUGUGUAUGUUAAAGCAGAUGGACGUGUAAUUUUGGAGAAAAAAAUCUUAAUUGAAUACAGAUAUAUUAUGAAAUUCAGAGAAAUGUGAAUAUUUAUUGCCCAUUAUUAUGAAUAAAAAUAUAUAAAGUGUCCUGGC